UGCGCAGGUCCCCGGUCUGCGGGCGCCUCCCCGAAGCCUCCCAUCCGAAGCAGCUGCUCCCUGCGCCGCUGCACCCCCUCGCCCUGGCCCCACACCCUCACCGCCCUCCUAGGAAGUGUGUUGUUGUGUCUGGUCCGCCUCCCUCGACGCCUGUGGGAAUCGGGGCUGCAUCUGUUUGGUCCCGGCUGCACCCCCCGCGCCCGGCCCAGCACGGAGCAGGCGGUGAGAGGGCGUUUCUUAAAUGAAUGGAUAGACGAACGACUAUUAUUCCUCAAUAAGACACGGCCGUGACCGCCGGCGGUAACGACCAGAGAGUCUCACUGGUUGAGAUCAAUGAUAGUAGUUCCGAUUCUGUGUUGACUACUGGACACACGUGGGAUCCUCAAGCCCAGCGGAAGGUGCUAGAAGGGACUCCAGGGACCCUCGUGCAGAUGGAGCAGCAGAAGGAAGAGCCGGGCCCGGAAGGGAACCACCUGCCACCGCCUGGGACGGGGCCCUGGCCCCCCAUGCCCUUCCCGGCCCUGCCAUCUUCUCUCCUGGGCACCCCAGAUCCAGCACACCUGGGGCUCCCCGAGGGCCUGGCCUCCGUCACCGUGCCCAUCCGCCUGGACGCCCUCUCCUACCUCCUGCACAGCGCCUUGCUGGGGGCCUAUAACCUCCAGCAGUCCCUGCCCUCCUGCACCUGCCACCCCCAGGCUCCCGACCCCCAGCCCCCCACCGCCAAGAGGCCAUUCAGGGGGUGUGGGGACUGGGACGUCCCUCGCAGGCCAGGCUGGGGCCGGGGCCGGGGCCGGGGCCAGAGGCGACAGGGCCCUGGGAGGUCUGAGCAGCCAAAGCCGUUCUGGGCAGGGGACUCCGGGGCUGGCCCCAGGACCCCACCCACGACGCCGUCAUCACCCCCAACACUGCCCACCCAGGAUGGGAAGAAGGAGGCGGGAGGUCCGGAGCCACCCUUGGCCACGCCACCUGCCGCUGAGGACUGGGACACGGAGUACUAGGCGCCGAGGGCCCAGCACCUUGGCCUCCGGAGGCCACUCAGGGUCACCAAGAGGGUCCUGGAGCCCAAGGGGGACCUCAGCCCUGUCAGAGACACCCUGCCCCUCCCCCCAAACCAGGGCCCCAACAGGGGGCCUGGGAAUCCCCUGUGAAACCUGGACCUGACUUAGCAUCCCAAGCCUUGCACCUCAUACCCAGCACCACCCCCAACUACAGCGACAACCCUCAGCUCAUUCUCUGUCGGGAUCCUGACCCCUUUCUCAACCCCAAAGCCAUUCACCUGCCUCUGCAACCCCAUCCCACCCCCACUCGGUACCACAUUCCCAUCCCCUCCAUUCCCAGCUGCUUCAUCCUCACCCCCCACCUACUUCAGGUCAACCCAGCCCCAGUCCCAGCUCAUCUCCCACCCAUCUCAUCCUCAACUUCCUUCCUGUCCUGGCCCCAACUGUGACACGCCCUCUGGCCUCAUCCACAAAGAAUCCCCCCCACCCAGCCCCAGGCCCAGUAUUCCCAGACACCACCCCAUUUCCCUGCCCUUGGGAGUGGGGGGGAGGGGAGGUUGAACAAUAAAUGGAUGCG